AUGGAGAAGAUGCAGCGGAGGGCGAACGUAUUCCAGGGAAUUUCGUCAAUAUCAUUGACUGGGAUAACAAGGAUGUCCAGGCAGUGCAGAAAGAAGGGGAACGAGUCAGAGAGUCUAGCAGCGAGAUGCUUACCAGCUUUGGGGAUGAAAAGGGAAAGAAAAGCAAGAAAUUGGGGGCAACGAUUGGCUCUGCAUAAGUCUUCCCCACCAAAUGCAAACAUCUUUGGCGGAGGGGUUCGUGCGGGGCACAACUGCUUAAGUACCUCCACGAUGGAGCCCGAGUACCCCGAGUACCCCGAGCCCAGCCAACGGGGGAAAAGUGCCAAUUUGCUUGAGCCCUUCAAGUCGGAAUAUCGGAGCAAGAGGUGGAGAGAGUGGCUCUUCGAUAUAACGGAGGAGCUCGACAGUGGAAAUGAGUCCGACGGCUCCAAGGAUACCAUCUUUCCAGACCUUCCCAGGGACGGUGAUCUUUCUAAGCUGAUCCAAAAUUCAGACUCGUGGAUCAAACAAGCCGCCGAUCUGAUUGCCGACAACCAAAUCUCCAUAUAUGACCAGGGCCGUUCGGACAGCGCUUCCAGCCCGGUCAUACUGGACUAUGGUGGCCUUCCAAAGGAGCCCAGGAUGCCAGACCUGGCGCCUGGUCGACUUGCGUUUCGAAAGCCCGGCGAUGCUUUCUGUCGGGAGCAGCAUCUAUGGAGAGGUAUUAUAGAAUCAGAAAAACACCAGGCACCCUUCGAAGAGCUGCGAUGGGCGAUUCGCCUGGGGGGCUGGAAGAAUGGCGACCCGGAAGAAAACCUGACCCAGCUGAUUGAAACCCGAUCAGCGGGAAUCAAAAAUAUCAAGGCCAAAAUCCAUGCAGUCACCAAUGCUGACGGCCAGCUUUUGCAGAAAAUGCAGGACUUCGCAUCACGUAUUGAAAAGACGGAAAGCAGUAAAUCCAAGCUCCCACCCCCAAGGGUGGUUGAGCAGUCUCUCAGUGAGAAAAGGAUUAAGGCGGACAAGGCUGCUCAUGAGUACCAGAUCGGUAUUUCAACCUUAGUUGACUUGGAAGAGGGUGAGAAUUUCGUUGUCAGUCAUUUGGAAGGUGCAGGUGACGGAAUAGAAGACACGUCCGGUCAAGCGAAAGAAGCGACAGGUGUUGAAGAGGAUGCGAAUGAUGAGGCUGAAGGCCAUGUUGAUGAGGGAGAUGGACGAGUUCAAGUGAGGAGGGGGAAAUCGAAGAUGAGAAGGAGGACGACGAAGACGACGAAACGAAGGAAAAGCAGAAGGAGAUGGAGGACGAUGAGACACAGCAGGAUCAUGACCAAGAGAAUGCAGAUGACCAGGUUGUGUUCACAAAGGGGUAUUGGGAAAGUAUCAAGAAAUCCGUGA